AUUUUAUUAUAAAAUGUCAACCGAUUUCACAGAUACUGCUUAAUAACUAUAUAUCAAAUGAACUGACUAUAACUUUAUCCUUACACUUUACUUGUCACAGGGGCUACAAUGUCGAGUAUUUAAGCCCAAACUAAACUUUUUGUUAACCUGUAACUGCUUUAUUUAAACUAUUCGGUUAUGUGAUACAAACCUGCGUAUAGCAAACUUGUCGAUAUCGAUCCACUGAGUAAAGUUGUCUUUUUAUUUCAUACUGCGCUCUGUGGCCACUUAUAAAUCAGGCUGCAGUCUCUGGGGAGCGACUGGGUCAUGAAAGAUCAUUGCGGUCCUUGGUUAAGAACCAUUAGUUCGUUGUAGCCCGGAGUUUCGGCACGAAGUGACUCAUUCGGGUGUCCCCUUUGGGACACUUUGCUGGUUGUUAUGAAUUAUUUGUAGGUUUCAAUCACGAUUAAAAUUAGCCUCGUCGUGCGUGAAGUCUGUGCAGAUGGUGUCCUGGCAUUUUUGAUAUUAUUGAUGGCACUUUUCUCUUAACGAGUACUCUCUACAUUUUGUAUUAGACGCGACCAUGCCCAUUCUCCGGACGCUGCAGGAUGAGGACCCGUCGUUCAGAUCACAGGCAGGCAUCUCGCAGUGAGAUCAUUUGUGUUAUAAAUAUCCCCGUGCCAGCAGUAGCUUUUGCAUGGAAAUGCCUGGCGAACACGCCACAAACCGGCGGCAGUGCGUGGAGCAAGGGAUCAGCAAAAUGCGGGCAUUGUCCUAGCAGCGAGCACUCGGAGAAAUCUGCUGGAAGAAUGCGCCUUCAGUUCCUCCUCCUCUUUGUGAAUCAUGUUGUCCGCUUCGCCUGGGGCCACGUCGAGCAGGUAGUGUCCGCAGAAUCACUCCAGGGCACUGCAAACGGGAGCUCUUCAGCCAUGCAGAGCCGCAGGUCACUAAGGAACGUGUACCAAUGGAAUAGGUCUGGGCCGCGCACUGGAAGACUCUAUUGUAGAGUUGGAAUUGGUUUUCAUUUACAGAUUCAGCCUGAUGGCAAAGUCAGUGGCUCGCAUGAAGCCAAUCUGUUCAGUAUUUUGGAAAUAUUCGCCGUGUCUCAGGGAAUAGUGGGAAUCCGUGGGAUUUUUAGCAACCGUUUUUUAGCGAUGAGUAAGAAAGGGAAACUCCACGCAACGACGAAGUUUACAGCGGAUUGCAAUUUCAAGGAGCGAUAUCAGGAGAACAGCUACAACACUUAUGCUUCGGCCACGUAUAAAAGCGAGAACGGUAGCCGCGAGUGGUACGUGGCUUUGAAUAAGUGUGGCAAAGUUAAAAAGGGGAAUAGCCCUCGGGUGAAACCUCAACACAUUUCGACACAUUUCCUUCCAAGGUUCAAGCAGUCUGAAAAAGAAAAGACUUUCAAAAUUACUGGAAAGAUUCCAGAGAAGAAAGCGCCACCCAACGCUCCGAAAUCUCCUCCUCCUGUAAAGGCCAGCAGGAAGUAUGUGAAUGUUAUCAGAUACAGGCCAAAAUUCCGUUUUGGAUAGCAGUGGGUG